CGGGCGCAAACUGGAGCCCGGCAACCCCAGCGCCACCGGCCCGGCCCCUCGGCAGGAGCGGGGCCUGGAGCAAGACGAGGCCCGUGGGUCCGCCGGCGGCUUGGCUGGGCCGCUACGGUGGCCGGGCGGGGCCGAUCGCAGAGCAGUCCUCAGGGCGGCUGGGUACGGUGGCCGGCUGGGUACGGCGGCACCUGGCGUUUCCCGGCAACCUUUGCGCUCUAUGUUGUUCAUGACACAACCAACAUGGCCGCCGCCGCCGCCUGCGCGGACUGAGCCCGGCGCUGAUCGGCGGCGGCGGAGCGGGAGCGGCCCCGGCGAUGGAUUUCUCCAAGUUCCUGGCCGAGGACUUCGAGGUGAAGCGCUGGGUGAACGGAGCCUUCCGCGCCGUGCAGCAGCAGGAUGCGCCCGGCAAGGUGGACGCUCACGCCGCUACCUUGGUGAUGAAGUUGCAGCUCUUCAUCCAGGAGGUCAACAACGCCGUGGAAGAAACAAGCCACCAGGCGCUCCAGAACAUGCCCAGAGUCCUUCGGGAUGUGGAAGCCUUGAAACAGGAGGCAACUUUCCUGAAGGAACAAAUGAUCCUUGUUAAGGAGGACAUUAAGAAAUUUGAAGAGGACACAGCUCAGUCAAUGCAGGUCCUGGUAGAGCUUGAUCGAGUGAAAUCCAGAAUGCAGCUGGCUGCUGAGUCCCUCCAGGAAGCAGACAAGUGGAGCACACUGAGUGCAGAUAUUGAGGAAACUUUUAAAACACAAGAUGUGUCAGUGAUCUCUGCCAAGUUAACAGGCAUGCAGAACAGCCUAGCGAUGCUUGUGGACACUCCGGACUACUCUGAGAAAUGCGUGCACCUAGAGGCUCUGAAGAACCGGCUAGAGGCCAUGGCCAGCCCCCAGAUUGUGGCCACUUUCAACGCUCAGUCUGUAGACCAGGCAAAAGUGUUUGUGAAAGUCUUCACUGAAAUUGAUCGGAUGCCCCAACUCCUGGCUUAUUACUACAAAUGUCACAAGGUGCAGCUGGUGACAGUCUGGCAGGAUCUUUGCCAAAGCGACUUAAGUUUAAAUCGGCAGCUGACUGAACUGUAUGAUACUCUGCUUGGAACAUGGCACUCACAACUCCAGUGGGUCAUGCAGGUUUUUAAGAACCCCCAUGAAAUUGUGACUGUGCUGCUGAUCCAAACAUUAGGUGCCUUGGUGCCUUCAAUCCCAGUCUGCCUCAGCACCGCAAUGGAGAGAGCCAGCCAGGAAACCAAACUACAUAAGCUGCUGGAGCUGCAUGACACCACAGCCCACUUUGCAAGAGGCUUGGAAGUAGCAAUGGUGUCUAACUUAAAAGAGCAUAACCUGGUAAAAGUGAUGGAACUGGUGGAAGUAGUGUAUGGGCCGUAUAAACCCUACCAGCUGCGGUACGGAGACCUGGAAGAAGAAAAUCUCCUCAUCCAGAUCAGUGCAGUGCCCUUGGAGCAUUGGGAAGUAAUUGACUGCGUCCAGGAACUGAGCCACUCGGUGAACAAACUCUUCAGUCUGGCUUCUGGAGCCAUCGACAACUGCGUUAAACUCACCGAUGGGCUGGGGGUGUGUGGGCUGCUGAAGGCACUGAAAGCUCUGUUCAAAAAGUAUGUGUCUGACUUCACUACUACUUUGCAGUCCAUAAGAAAGAAGUGCAAACUGGAUGAUAUCCCCUCGGAUUCCCUCUUCCAGGAGGACUGGACCGCAUUCCAAAACUCUAUCCGGAUAAUAACUACUUGUGGCGAACUCCUUCGGCAGUGCGGGGACUUUGAGCAGCAGCUAGCAAACAGGAUUUUAUCCACUGCUGGGAAGUAUCUGCUGGACUCCUACAGCCCUUGUAGCCUGUCUGGCUUUCAGGAUGCCAGCUCUGCGGAGAAGAAGAACUCAGUCAAGAACCCCUGGCAGGAAUACAACUACCUCCUGAAGGAGACUCCGUCUGAGUAUGCCAGCCUCAUGGAAACACUCCAUACCCUAAAGGAGAAAGGGACGAGUAACCACAGCCUGUUGUCCGCAUCUCGAUCUGCCCUUACCCACCUCAACCAGCUAGCGCACCAGUUGGCAUUUGACUCUGUUUUCCUUCGCAUCAAACAGCAGCUCUUACUGAUUUCCAGGAUGGAGGGCUGGAGCUCAGCUGGCAUUGGCGAGACGCUAACAGACGACCUGCCAAACUUCAGUCUGACUCCUCUUGAGUACAUCAGCAACAUUGGACAGUAUAUCAUGUCCCUCCCACUUCAUCUCGAGCCAUUCGUUACUCAAGAAGAUUCUGCUCUGGAACUAGCCUUACAUGCUGGAAAACUGCCGUAUCCUCCAGAGCAAGGUGACGAGUUACCUGAGCUGGACAACAUGGCUGACUACUGGCUAGGUUCCAUCGCCAGAGCUACCAUGCAAACCUACUGCGAAGUUAUCCUGCAGAUUCCAGAGCUCACCCUUCACUCAGCGAAGCAGCUUGCCACGGACAUUGAUUAUCUGAUAAAUGUGAUGGAUGCCCUCGGCCUUCAGCCUUCGAAGACUCUACAAAACAUUGUUACUCUAUUGAAGACCAAACCAGAAGACUACAGGCAAACAGCCAAAAGCUUGCCCCGCAGGCUAGCAAGCAACAUCGCCACCAUGAGAAGUGUGGACUAUUAACUCCAAGCCCUCGAAAAACACCAGCAGGGGAGGUCUUGGCUAAAGGCUAAAUUUCGUACAUUGAAUUUUUUCUCCAAUAAACUUUCCAAGGAUGAUGGGAAUGUAGUUGGGGAAAAGAGGAAUUUAUUUGUGACUCAUUUAAUACAUUUUCUUCAUUUGGAAAUGUUGCGAGAGCUCUCCAGGUGUUUUGAACUACGAAAUGGAAAAGAAAAAUGUCUUAAUGACCACAUUUCCCUUUAGCCAUCUGGGUGACCUGGCUGCGUUACAGCUGUCUUGUGACAAGUGUUCUGACGCUAGCCGGAGAGUACAUGCCGCAUGACAAUGAAAUGAUGGGCUUUUUUAGUGCAGUCUAAUUAAUGCGGAGUGAAAUUACAGGGUAUGUGCAGCGUGGAUCAACUGAAAUGAGGACUCUCCUACCUGCAGGCAAUGCGCAUUGCUCAAGUCUCUCAUUAUCCACAAUCUCAUGAAGGUGGUGUCUCAGCAAUUAGCAGAAAAGGCAGGACCAAACUAAGCCCUGACAACAAAACCAGUUUAGUAAGUUGUUUCUCAGGAGAUUUUCUUCCUUCUGAAGCUAUUGGGAAGCUUCUAGGGAAUUGGAUGUAGCAGUGUUGUAGUCUUCUUGUGAAAUGGAUGCAAGUGUGGUGUGUGGGUUUUUGCGAAAAGGCUUAUCUAAUCUAGGAACGCUUCCAAGGGUAUAGGCUCGGGGAAAGUAUAAACUGAUCCCACUGUUGGGAUUUUGGCUGUGUGGGAUCAUGGUUGAUACAAAUGCCACUAGGGGAAACUCUGCAAGGCUCAGCUUCUGGGAACCUUUUUUGGGUGAAUCAAGUCUUAGAAAUUUAAAAUGCCUGAUUUUUUGAGGGGGAGGGAGGUGGUGGUGUGGUACUAGAAGAAUUUCCCUGGAACAUCUGCACCAAUGUAGUGUCAGUCUGAACUGCUUUUCCAAGCUACCUAUAGAAUUUGAUACUUCAUCUGCAACAUUACUUUAACCAGUUUUUUUGGCAAGAGAGGAGUCCUGAUCUGGAAUGCAAACCAACACAAAUAUUCAGGUGUGUCUUGAUUCUAAGCACAGGCUGUACCCGAAAGGGAUUACGACUCUCUUGGUUGCUGGCAGCAGCAGCCCUGAGGUUUUACUGCUCUCCUAUCCGAAUGGAAUCAUCUAUUUGACAGUGAACUUCCCUCCUCUGAAGUGUACCUUUUAUCUGGUGUGUACUUAAGAAAUGUGCAGUUACAGCCCAUACAACCAAAUAAAAAUGAAACCUCUCUA